AUGGCCCAAAUCACCUCUCUGCUUGGCCCACCCGAAAUCCACGCCCCAUCCGCCUCCACCGUCAACGCCGCCCCCGCCGCUGCCACUGGCAAUCCGUUCAUGGAUCUGAUGGUGGCCAAUUACAAUAACUCCAGCGACGAAUAUCUCCGAAACCCAAUGAUGGGUUACACCGAAAACGGUUCAGCCACUUUCCUCUCCAGUGGUAACCCUUGUUUGGACUUUUUCUUCCACGUCGUCCCCGACACUACUCAAGAAAGCCUAAUUAAACGCCUCCAGCUCGCCUGGGAUUCAAAUCCAUUGAUGACUUUGAAGCUUAUAUGCAAUCUUCGCGGCGUCAGGGGUAUCGGAAAAUCUGAUAAGGAGGGUUACUAUACUGCUGCGCUCUGGCUCCAUGAUCACCACCCGAAAACCCUAGCUUGCAAUGUCGCCCCCAUGGCGGAUUUCGGCUACUUUAAGGACUUUCCGGAGAUUCUUCACCGGCUUCUAGAAGGAGCCGACGUGCGCAAGAGAGCAAAAGAAGCGCACGGGAGAAAGACUAUAGGCAGAAGGGGAGGCCGAGGUCGAGGCGGCGUCAGGAUGGCCGGAAGAGGAAGAGGGCCUUUCAGCGGUGGAAAUUCUAAGAGGGUUUCCAAUUGGAGAAAGAAUAAAAAUGGUACUACAGCAGAAGUAAGAAUACUGGCGAAUUUGACACGGCAGGCGAUUGAGAAACAGAAUGCCAGCUUACAAAGGCACGCAAAGAAGAUCGAAAAGGCGAAGAAGGCCGUCGAGAGAUACAUCCGCGACCCCGAUUACAAGUUCUUGCACGAGCGGGUGUCCGAAUUCUUUGCAGAGUCGUUGAAGAGAGACAUGGAGUUUUUUAAUUCUGGGGAGCUAAAGAAGAUUGGCCUCGCGGCGAAGUGGUGUCCCUCGUUGGAUUCCAUGUUUGAUAAAUCGACCCUUUUAUGCGAAAGCAUUGCUAGAAAGGUUUUCCCAAAGGAUGCCUAUCCAGAGUACCAGGGAAUCGAGGACGCACACUAUGCGUAUCGCGUGAGAGAUCGGCUGAGGAAGGAAGUUUUGGUGCCUUUAAGGAAGGCUUUGGAGUUGCCGGAGGUCUUCAUCGGCGCAAAUGACUGGGGAUCCAUUCCUUACAACCGGGUGGCUUCGGUUGCGAUGAAGCAGUACAAGGAGAAGUUUCUAAAGCACGACAAGGAAAGGUUCGAGGAGUAUCUGAAUAAUGUGAAGUCUGGGAAGGCAAAAAUCGCCGCUGGAGCUUUGCUCCCCCACGAGAUUAUCGCUGCACUGAAUGACGAUGAUGGUGGUCAGGUCGCCGAGCUUCAAUGGCAAAGGAUGGUGGAUGAUUUGGCCAAGAACGGUAAGCUGAAAAACUGCCUCUCGAUUUGUGAUGUUUCCGGCAGCAUGUCUGGAAUACCGAUGGAGGUAUCUGUGGCGCUCGGAGUUUUAGUCUCUGAGCUGAGCGACGAGCCAUGGAAGGGGAACUUGAUCACUUUUAGCACGAAUCCUAGUCUCCAGAGAGUUCAGGGAGAUAGUUUGAAAGCCAAGACGAAUUUCGUGAGGAGGAUGGAGUGGGGGAUGAACACUGAUUUUCAGAAGGUGUUUGAUCUGAUACUCCAAGUCGCUGUGAAGGGAAACCUGAAGGAGGAAGAGAUGAUUAAGAGGUUGUUUGUAUUCAGCGACAUGGAAUUUGAUCAGGCCUCAAUGAGACCUUGGGAAACAGAUUACCAAACCAUAGUCAGGAAGUACAGGGAAAAAGGGUACGGAAACUGUGUCCCGGAAAUAGUGUUUUGGAAUCUUAGAGACUCAAUGGCCACACCAGUUCCAGGAAACCAGAAUGGGGUUGCACUUGUUAGUGGAUUUUCAAAAAAUUUGCUCACUCUAUUCCUGGAAGAUAAUGGAGAGCUGAACCCGGAGUCUGUGAUGGUGGCUGCAGUUUCAGGGAAAGAGUAUGAGAAACUAGUUGUAGUUGAUUGA